AGUGUUUUGAGUUAAUAAUAAAAGAUGGCGCACUAAAUCAAAUUUUUGGAAUCAAAAAUUAGCGAUUUUAAAACUAUGGUUUUGCUUAAUUCUUGUUAAUUAUACCUUUUGGGUGUUUAUUGUUUAACUUUUUUAAUUCUUAUUAAUUAUUAAAAAGGAUUAGUUUUAAUUAUUUGAUGCGCGUUUCGUUUCUCUGUCAGUCGCCAUCUUGCGUCCACUGUUUAUUGUUUGAGGCUCCCCGCGCCCGCUGUUUGUAUUUUCGUCGAUUUUCCGAGUUUUCCGGUGAUGGUGUGUUGCGUUUUCGAUGCGUAUCGACCGAAAAUGUCCCCAACUAUCGAUUGCGGUAAAAUUCGCUUGGAAAAUCGCGCCCCCGGCCCCGUUUAAAGCGAAUUUCGUCGUGCGAUUUUCGUAAUGGCCUCCUCGCGUCCCCUCUAAACGUGCCAGGAACAAUGACAGUGUGCGUUUUCACGUGAUAAUCGGUUUGAAAUACACGUUUCCCGCACAGGGAAAAUGACCCCACUGUCCCCCCGCUGAUCCCCACCGAAACAUGAACUCCGAGGCGCAAAACCCCAUGAAUGGGGCCCACAAUGCCGCCAACGAACCCGAAUUGUUGAAGGGGAACAGUCAGAGGCCUCCACCCCCAACUACAACAGUGCCUACGGACUUACGUGUAAAUACCGCUUUGAGUGCAGUUACUUUGAGUAAUGUCGCCAAGUAUUGGGUACUCACCAAUUUGUUACCGGGGCCAAUUCCACAAGUUUAUAGUCUUCCCGGAACUACUAGGACUGAUAAUCAAGGAAAAGUUAAUCAGGAUGGGAUGAUGGGUCAACACACAAACUUAAUAAACGCCGAUUCACUUUUAUUACAACAACACCAACCCGUCAGCAUAGCCACAUCACAAUCAAUGAGCAAUUUGGCGAUCCCCACGAACGCUAUGCACUUAGACGCCCAAUCCCAAGGACAUCAAAUGAAUACCCAUCAGCAGCAACAACAACAACAGCAACAAUCAUCGGAGCAGCAGCAAUCAAUGAAUCAAUCGCAUCAGCAAAUGAACGGCCAACCACCGGGGCCUAACCCGCCAGGAUCCGGUAUGGUUCAAGUACAGGUACAAAACAACAGUUUGGUCUCUGUUAUAGAAGACAACAAAGACCACAAGGAUCUGAUUACGAACGAAAUGCCUCCGAUUAACGAUAAUAAUCAAUCGAUGGGGCAACACCAACAGCAGCAACAUCAAAAUCAACAUCCCAACAUGCAAAUGCAUCAUUUACAAGUACAACAAGUUUUAGAUAACGUUGUUCAUACAGUUGAAAAUAACCCGCAACAAAACAACACAGAAGAAAUGCAAGAUGGGAUGAUAAUAAAAGACGAAAAGAACAUUCAGAAUUGUUCGAAAUUUUUAGGCACCCAAUUUGGCCUCCAAGACAUUAAAGGCAGCUCGAUGGACGUUAGAACGGCCGAUGGGAGUAUCGUAAAAAUCGCCGGGAUACAAGAACAAGACUUAGUGAAAACAUUAGGGGUCGAAGUCGUUCAAAACAUGUAUAAAGUUAACGUUGAAGAUAUCAAUCAAUUAUUAGCCUAUCACGAGGUUUUCGGAAAACUCCAAGGCGAAAUUACAACCACCCCUACGACGGUCGUUCAACAUAACGUUAAUUUACAACAGGGUGGAAAUAACAAUAUUGCUUUAGUUACACCAAAAACGUUGGUCGAAAAUGAUCAAGAACCGACUACCAGUAGCAUCGCUACUGAUAGUCCACCAAUUGUAUCGGCAAGUCAGGUUUGCGAUUUGUGUGGCAAGAUGUUUCAAUACAGGUAUCAACUGAUAGUGCACAGACGUUACCACGCAGAACGCAAGCCGUUUACUUGCCAAGUGUGCGGUAAAGCCUUCACGAACGCGGCGGAAUUAACAAGGCACGGGAAAUGCCACCUGGGCGGAAGUAUGUUUACUUGCUCGGUGUGUUUCCAUGUCUUCGCUAACUCCGCCAGUUUAGAGAGGCACAUGAAACGGCACUCAACGGAAAAACCAUACAAUUGCACGAUUUGUUUAAAAGCGUUCGCCCGAAAAGAACAUUUAGAAAAUCACACACGUUGUCACACCGGUGAAACUCCAUAUCGUUGUCAGUUUUGUUCGAAAACGUUCACCCGAAAAGAACACAUGGUGAAUCACGUGCGUAAACACACCGGAGAAACACCGCAUCGAUGCGAGAUUUGUAAAAAAUCGUUUACGCGUAAAGAACAUUAUAAUAAUCACGUGAUGUGGCAUACUGGGGAGACCCCACAUCAUUGUACGAUUUGUGGUAAAAAGUAUACUCGCCGAGAACAUUUAGCGAAUCAUAUGAGAUCGCACACGAAUGAUACUCCGUUUCGUUGUGAAAUUUGUGGGAAAAGUUUUACUCGAAAAGAACACUUUACGAAUCAUAUUAUGUGGCAUACCGGUGAAACUCCUCAUCGAUGCGAUUUUUGUUCCAAGACUUUUACACGAAAAGAGCAUUUAUUGAAUCACGUGAGACAACACACGGGGGAAUCACCUCAUCGUUGCGGUUAUUGUAGUAAAAGUUUUACAAGAAAAGAACAUUUAAUUAACCACGUUAGGCAACACACGGGUGAAACUCCAUUUCGAUGUAGUUAUUGCCCGAAAGCUUUCACUCGGAAAGAUCAUUUGGUGAAUCACGUUCGGCAACACACCGGGGAAUCACCACAUAAAUGCCCGAUGUGUACUAAAUCGUUUACAAGAAAAGAACAUUUAACGAAUCACGUGAGACAACAUACGGGGGAAUCACCUCAUCGUUGUCAUUUUUGUUCGAAGUCGUUUACUCGGAAGGAACAUUUAACGAAUCAUGUAAGAAUCCACACUGGGGAAUCACCACAUCGAUGCGAAUUCUGUCAAAAAACCUUCACAAGAAAAGAACAUUUAACGAAUCAUUUGAGACAACACACAGGGGAGACCCCGCAUUGUUGUAAUGUGUGCUCGAAACCCUUCACUCGUAAAGAACAUUUAAUUAAUCAUAUGAGGUCACACACGGGGGAGCGCCCAUUCGCUUGCGGUGAAUGCGGGAAAAGUUUCCCAUUGAAAGGGAAUUUAUUGUUUCAUCAACGAUCUCAUAAUAAAGGCCCAACUGCGGAUCGCCCGUUCCGAUGCGAUCUUUGCGACAAAGACUUUAUGUGUAAAGGACAUUUGGUGUCGCAUCGUAGAUCGCAUAGCGGUGAGCGUCCCUUUGCGUGCUCGGAAUGCGGAAAAACGUUCGUCGAAAAAGGGAAUAUGAUGCGUCAUAUGAGGAAACAUACGAAUGAGAUUAACGGACAAAACAAUAUUGGGGAAAAUCCGGGGCAAUCAGGGGUUAAUGUGAGUCAAAAUAACCCCCAAACGGGUAAUAACCCCGUGGUUACAUCCGUAGCGAAUUUACAAAUACCACAGGUCACUCAAACGAUGGCUAAUUCCGGGCAGGGACAACAUAAUAUGCCCAUACACCCACAAAAUUCUCACCCCGUUGUUGUACCAACAGCGAAUGGAAACGUUUUAGCGAGUUAUUGACGAUAUUAGAAAUUUUUAAGUUUAUUUUUUGAUUCAGUUGAGGAAAUUAUUAAAAGGUACGAUGCGAUUUAUUUUUUUG